ACAAUACAUCCCACCUGGCGAGAGUAGGAUUAAAAUACCUACUCGCGCGAGUAUCCAUCACAACUCUCUCGAACUCCUCUUCUUCCCAUAAAUAUUACAUACCAACACAAACCCCAACACAAAUCCCAGCCAAAACUCACACAAUGUUUAAGACUAGCUUCUUCUCGCUCCGUUCCAAUUCCAUUUCUAUCCAUUCAUCAGACAUGGCAGAGCAAAAGGUGGUGAUAAAAAUCCCAGCCAUGGCUGAUGAUAAGACCAAACAAAAAGCCAUAGAAGCCGUUGCUGACAUUUAUGGAAUAAAUUCAAUCGCAGCGGAUGUAAAGGAACAAAAGUUGACAAUCAUAGGCCAAAUGGACCCAAUUGCAAUCGCGAAGAAGUUGAAGAAGGUAGGGAAGGCAGACAUUCUAACAGUUGGGCCAGCUAAGGAAGAGAAGAAAGAGGAAAAGAAGGAAGAAAAGAAAGAAGAGCAGAAAGAAGAAAAGAAAGAGGAAAAGAAAGAAGAGGAAAAAAAAUAGAACUAAAAUAAAAUGGAAUUCCUUGUGGAUUCAAAUAAUUGAAGUUGGUUGUUGUAACUGUUUUAUUUUGUUUUUUUUUUAAUUAGGAAGUAAGCAUAGUUUUCAUGGGCUGUGUCUACUCAAUGUUUAUUUGCAAACUAAUCACCUGCAAGAGUCUGUACCAUUAUUUGUGGUACAGGGCUUUUCUUAGCUA